UCUCAUACAUGCUCAUUAGAUGUCACAUCUGUAGACCACCCUAAUGCAACAAGCAACCUGAUUGGUAGUGUAAUAAGAACCAAAUUUGUAAACCCAAAGAGAGACUACACACCAAAUGAAAUAGUGGAUGACAUGGCAGAUGACUAUAGUGUCUCCAUAUCUUACCAAAAAGCAUGGAGGGCUAGAGAAAAGGCUAUUGUAGAUGCAAGACGCUGUCCACACGAAUCGUACUCUGAAAUACCAAGAAUCUUGUACAUGAUGGAAAAAUGCAACCCAGGAACAAUCACAGACCUUGUCACAGACGAGAAUGGCCACUUCAAAUACCUAUACUUCGCAAUAGGUGCUUCCAUCAAAGGUUGGCAACACUGCAAUCCAAUAAUAGUCACGGAUGGUACUUUCUUAAAAAAUCAACAUGGUGGAACAUUGUUAAUAGCUAGUGCACAAAAUGCAAAUAGACACAUAUUUCCACUAGCAUUUGCAAUAGUAGACUCUGAGAAUGACACUUCAUGGAACUGGUUCUUCAGCAAACUAAAAGAAUCAUACAAUGAGAGAGAAGGGCAGUGCAUUAUUUCAGAUAGACAUGAAAGUAUUGCGAAAGCAGCAAAUACAAACUUCCCAAACCUCAUGCAUGGAGUUUGUUGCUACCACUUGCUAAAGAAUAUCAAGACCAAGUUCAAAAAAGGGGGAGAUGAACUCAGAAAUGCAUUCAAUGGUGCUUCCAAAGCUUACAAUGUCUUUGAAUAUGAAAAAAAUAUGAGAGAUCUAGACAAUAUUCAUAGCGGCAUAAGAGACUAUACGGUAAACGAAGUUGGAAACGAUGAAGUGGACAAGGUUAUACAGCCAAAACAGGCGAUACAAAACAAUGACAUCGAACAUCGCAGAAUCUGUGAAUGCAGCACUCAAAGAAGUAAGAGAGUUACCAAUAGCAACUUUACUAGAAUGUCUUCACUCUUUGGUCCAAAAAUGGUGGAAACAUCAAACCUGAUUGUAUACAAAGUACAUGAUUGUACCGACUCAUACAUAGUAAACCUGGAAAAAAAAACAUGCAGCUGUCAGAAAUUUGAAUAUGAUGAAAUGCCUUGCUCACAUGCAAUGGCUGUGUUAACCAAAAGGAAUCUAUCAUGCUACAGCUACUGCUCUUACUACUACACAAAAAAGGCUUUUUUGUCAACAUAUGAAGAUAAUAUCUUCCCACUAGCAGAUUCUACAACUUGGGAUAUACCGGAUCAUAUAAAAGAUAUGAUUGUUCUACCCCCAACACACAAGAGGCCAGCAGGGCGGCCAAAAAAACAAAGGUACAAAGGUGUGCUGGAAACAAAAACACAGGUCAAAUGUGGAUCAUGCAACCAAAAAGGACACAACAAAAGAUCGUGCAAAAAUGAACCAGUUCCAAAGCCAACCCGAAAGAGAAAGAACAUCAGUACUUAA